CAUGCCGUGCCAGAUAACCAGGGGAACGGCGGCGGCCGCGCAGCCCAGGCACAGACCCAGCAGCACCGCCACCACUGCCCUGACCGCCGCCAUCUUGACUGGCCACAUGACUCGCGCGCGGGUCACGCGGCGGGGGCGGGACUCAUGGUGGCGGGAGGGGUCUAGUGCCGGGGGCGGGGCGGGGCCUGGCGGGGCGGGGCUCCGGGCGUUCCCAUGCGAGGCGCUGGUUCGAGCCCCGGCCUUGUUCCAUCCCACCCGGUUCCCUGAAAUCCCAAAUCCUGCGAAAGCAUCCCGCUCCACGCCCCGGGACACGGAGCCAGGAGACCCCCGUCCCCGGCUGGAGAUUAUCUCGAGGAGAAGCAGGCAACAGCGUUGCAGGCAGGGAAGGAUGCAGCACCACGUGGACGACGCGCAGGCAGGGGCCGGGCCGGAGGCAGAGCAGGAUGAAGCCCCUCUGCUUGCUCAGCAGCCCUCCUGCACUGGGCUCUGCUCCACUCGCUGUGGCCUGGCCGUGGUCCUGCACAUCUCUUUUUUCCUGGCAUACACACUCCGGGUCAGCCUCAGCAUCGCCAUCAUCGCCAUGAGUAACAGCAGCCAUCCCCACAGCUGGUCCAGCAGUGCUCCCCACAGCUCCGACCCAGGAUUUGCUCAGGAUGCCCCCACGUACAACUGGAGCGUUGAGACUCAAGGAAUCAUCCUCAGCUCCUUUUUCUACGGCUACAGCCUCACGCAGGCGCUGGGCGGGUACUGCUCGGGGCUGUUCGGGGGGAAACCCGUCCUGGGCAGCGGGCUCCUGCUCUCCUCUGUUCUCACCCUCCUUGUGCCUCGAUCAGCAGAGCUCGGCGUGAGCUGCCUCAUCGGGCUGCAGGUGCUGCUGGGCUUGGCUGAGGGAGUGAUAUUUCCAGCUCAGUACACACUCUGGGCAAAAUGGGCCCCUCCACUGGAACGUAGCAGGCUCAUGAACAUCGCUGAUGCUGGAUGCACUUUUGGGACUUUCUUUGCUCUCCUUGUGGCUGGGAUCAUCUGCCAGAGUCUGGGGUGGCCUUUUGUCUUCUACAUCUUUGGUGGUGUUGGCUGUGCCUGGUGCCUCUGCUGGUUCUUCCUCGUGCAUGAGGACCCUGCACACCACCCGUGGAUUAGUGCCAGGGAGCAGGAAUACAUCGUGUCAUCGCUGGCUCACCAGGGAAGCUCUCAUGGCCGCUCCCUCCCACUUGUGGCCAUGGCUAAAUCGCUGCCUCUUUGGGCAAUCACCAUUGCCUGCUUCUGCACAGACUGGCUGUUCUACAUGCUGCUGACCUCCAUGCCCAUGUUCAUGAACAACGUCCUCCACUUUGACCUCAGAGAGAAUGGGUUCCUCUCCUCCCUGCCUUAUAUUGGGAACGGGCUGGGGCACAUCCUGGCUGGGCUGCUGGCUGAUUUCCUCCUGGCUAGGCGAGUACUUGGCACAGCAGCUGUCAGAAAGCUCUUCUCAGCCCUCGGGAUGCUGCUCCCAGCCACCUUCCUGGUGGCUGUGCCUUACAUUGGCUGCAGUUCCACAGUUGUUGUGGUCCUUCUAACACUGGCCUUGACAAUAAUGAGCAUGACAGGGGCAGGCAUCAAUAUUAACCACAUUGAUAUAGCACCCAGAUAUGCAGGGUUCCUGCUGGGAAUCACAAAUACCUUUGGCAUAGUUGCAGGAAUUAUUGCUCCUACCACAGUUGGACUUCUCAUCAGCCAGGAUCUCCAGACUGGCUGGCGGAACGCCUUCUUCCUAUCUGCAGCUCUCAACCUGUUUGGCCUGAUCUUCUACAUAGCCUUUGGCAGUGGCACCAUCCAAGACUGGGCUAGGGAGGACGCUGCUGGGCAGUGAACAUCGGAAGGUACACAAAGGAAUGGGCUGCAAGAGGGCUCAGCCCUGUGUCCCUGCCUGUUCCUGGGGCUCUGGCAGCAUCCUCAGGCAAUGGCAUGAGCUCCACAGCCCUGCCUGCACUCUGGCUCUUGGAAGUGCCCAGCACCUUCACCCAGCUCUGUCCCCUUUUGAUCCCAAUCUACUCCCUUGGGGAGACACCAGCCCUUCGACCUGCGUUGCCCACAUUUAACCCUGCCCUCAGCCUUUGCCCACGGGAAGGAAUGCUGCAGAGUGGACAGAUCCUAAAUGGGAUCCACAGAGAGCUGGUAAAGUGGGCUGUCAGCUGAGCUCUGUAAGGAGCCUGUGGCUAUUUCCAGCAAAGCUGUUCUUAGAUGAAGUAAAUUGAUAAUGAAUUGGUACAGUAACAUUAGUUUUUAACUAGCAGCUUUUCACACCCUCUACAGAGAGGCUCCUAACACUUUUUUUCUAUUCUUAAUGAGACAAGCUGAUUAUUCAUUUAUCCUUCAUCCCCUUUUAGAAGCAACCAAGGCAAAAAAUAAGGGAAGGCUUUACGGAGUUCAACCUGGCAGCCCUGAGCACAGCCCCUGGGAGGCAGGGAAGGUGAUAAGCACGGAAAGCCUUGAGCUGGUGUCAUCCUUACUGAGCGAGAGCCCCACUGCAAGCAUUCAGCUCAGAAUGUUGUCACCGAAAGAGAUGUUUAGGCCCCCAAAAAGGGUCUGAAUUUGGCUUGCCUGUUUCCCAGAGAAGCUGUGUUACACUCCCAGCCAACUGCAGCGAGGGAGUGGACUGUGACUCCUCACCUGCUCCAGACUAAGUCAAAAUGGUGCAGAAAGAGGAUCCAGAUCCCAGACAGAGAUGUGAAACUCACAAAUGGUUUCCUGACAGAGUGAAGUGAAAUCUAAACACAUUCCCAGGUCUGGCUCAAGGAACUUGGGGCUGCGAGGGCGGGAGAAGCUCUGGUAAGCUAUGCUCAAUGCUGCCUGGGAGUGGAGAAGCGCCAACACCUUCUGGUGCAGCAUCUCCCAGCAAAGCUGCUGUGGCUCAUCCCACUGGCCUCGGCAGCAGACUGGGCCUGCUGGUGGACCACCAGCCCCUCCGCCACUGUCGGCCUGGCCCCAGCGCUCCCUGCAGCGAGCCGCAGGGCGCAGGCAGCUGCUCACGGUGGUGCGGGCCGGGCCCCGGCCCCAGCCUGCCUGCGGGGCAGGGGGUGAGGGC